CAGAUUUUGGAUGGAUGCAGCUCUGAGUAAUCCUAAAUGUAAUAUGAUUUAACCUUACUCUUAAAUAUUUACAUAUUUUUGACAGCACUUACGUUUGUAGACAACCAUUCAUUGACAGCAAAAUGAUCGUAAUCAACCCACACAAAAGGGGGCGGUAUUGCAAUCACUGAUAGCAAUCUCUGCUACUUGUGACGUUCACACAUUUUAUUUUUUAUAGUCUAUGGUUCACGGUUUACACACACAACGGAAGAGUACUAAUCCACGUGAGUUAAACAAUACGAACUGAUUCACUUUCAUUCCACAAAAUGUCCAAACUACAUCUGCUGAAUGUGUUUCUUACCGAGCGAUUAACAGCGGCGGCUGUUGAGAUAUUUGGGGUCGUGGAAAAAACGGUAUCAGAGUACCAGGAAGAAAUCUCCCGUUCAAAGGAGGAGAUCGAUCGUCUACGGAUGCUGCUGGAUAUCGUUACCCAACCGAAGAUACAUUUGCAUAAAGCAGAUCCCCAGCAGCUAAUUAUCCCAGUCCCCGAAGAGCAGGUUCCCCCUGAGCAGCAGCACCGUGAGCAGGAGUGGUGGUGUCCCAAUCUGGGGCAGGAGGACCCAGAGCACACACAGAUUAAAGAGGAACAGGAGGACUUUGGGACAGGUCAGGAGGAAGAGCAGCUUCAGGGGCUGGAGUCUGAUAUCAAAGACUUCAUAAACAAUCCUUCCUUUGUGAAAAGUGACUGUGAUCAAGACCCAUCUCAGCCCUCACAUCUUUACCAAACCCAAACUGUGGAGAACAGAGAGAGGGACCAUAUGAGGACACACACUGGAGAGAAACAAUAUCAGUGCAGUGAAUGUGGCAAAUGCUUCAGUCAGAAGAUAUGCCUGGAAGAACAUAUGGUGACUCACAAAAGAGAGAAACCACAUCAAUGUGAAAACUGUGGUAAAUUUUUCAGUCUCAAGCAUAACCUGACAGUCCAUAUGAGGAUACACACGGGAGAGAAACCGUAUCAGUGCAAAGAAUGUGGCAAAUGCUUUGGUUACACCAAAUCCCUGGCAAAGCAUAUGAGGAGUCAUACAGGAGAGAGACCAUAUCAGUGUUGUUAUUGUGGCAAAUGCUUCACUCAGAAGUUUAGCCUGAAAGAACAUAUUAGUAUUCACACAGGUGAGAAACCAUAUAAGUGCCCCAUGUGUGUAAAAUGCUUCAGGGCAGCACGGUUUCUAAAACAGCACCAACAGAUUCACAGAGAACAACCAUAUUGCUGACUUUUUUGUGGUUAAUGCUUCACUUGUAAGAACUGAGGAUGAACACAGUGAGAAACAUGACAGUGCUGCUUAGGGCAAAAUCUUACUCUCACUUGUGCAAUAAGACCUUUCCAAAGUAAAAAGCUGAUGUUUCAUAACCCCUCUGAGCAUGGCACAAAAGUGGAUAAUGUGUUUUGUAGAACUAGUAUUAGUUUUACUUAGUUUAGUUUACACAGUAAGCUUUUUAAGUUUCUCCCGACAUAUGAGUCUCUCCCCCACUUGGACUACACCUCAAAGUCACAGCAAAGUAGUACAUUGGUGUUAUCUAAAUACAUAAAGGAUGUUUACAUUUUGAGGGGAAAGUGCUUCAGAUUUGAAGACAUGCUACCUUAUACCUGUAGUAGCAGGACAAACAAACCCAUCAGGUCAAUGAUCUUGGUUAAAUAUAUAUUGUGAAUGUAUUGUGGAAUUAACAUGCACAACAUUGUAGAAGCCCAAAAUAGUGUGCCGAACAGAGAACCAUACAUUUUUAAGCAUAUGUAGUUACCAUCUCAUUUUGUUUAGAAUUAUACACAGCGCAUUUCAAUGACGGUCUUCUAGCUGUACUGAAAGCAGCACAUCUUUUGUUUCAACAAGGCUCCUUGUUCAAAUGUUGGAGUGCCACCUCACCAGCUCUAGUUUCAUUACCUCGUAUGUUAGUUUAUUUAGUGGGUUUGACAUCACUGCAUGGUGUUCUUUCCCAUAAACCUGACAUAGAAUGGCAUUACAUGGACUGGGGCUAUGUUGUUGUGAGCAUCUUAGAGUGGAUUGGUAUAUUAUACUUCUUGUAAAUAAAGCUUUUUAUUUGUAAUCAUUAUAUUUUAUUUAAAACUUUGAUAGAAGGCCUUUUUUUUAGCUCAAAUAAAUAUAGUUUCUCAACCUUUAUUUAUUAUUAUAAAUAAUAUCAGGUAGAGAUGUAUGAUAUUUCACAUUACUUCAUUACUUUUGCUGUGUGUUAGAUUGGCAUAUCCCAAAAACAUUCCUUAUCCCAGAUACUUCAACUGGUGACUAUCCCCGGAGAAUAAAGAAAAAGGAGCAAUCUGUUUCUGCAUAAAUCUGAUAGAUUUAUUGACGGUACAAACAAACAAUCUUGUUACGUUUCAGCAUGAACCGCCUUCAUCAGAGCCUUAAUUUCACGCAGAAACAGAGUGCUCCUUUUUCUUUAUUCUCCGGGAUAGUCACCAGUUGAAGUAUCUGGGAUAAGGAAUGUUUUGGGGAUUUUCAAGUCCCUCAAACUGGGCUGAAGCGCGUUUGGGUAUACCUUUUUUUCUUUCGAGCGGCAUAUCUUUGGGACCAACACUAUCCAGGAGAUGGCGGUGUUUUGCGUGUAAUUCUGCCAUUAAUUCAUGUCACAAUAUUAUAUCAUAUCAGUUAGAAAACUAUGUAAACAAAAUAAUUGAUUGAGUUA